AAAGCAAAUCCAAUGCAAUGGGCUGCAAAAAAGAUUUUAAAAAACCUAUUACAUCAAAGAACCGAGUUUGUUUUUUUUUUUUUUUUUUUUUUGUAAUCCAGGGUUCCCCGCGAAAUCCCUGGGCCCGGUCAGGCAGCAAGCCAGCUUCACCCGGGAGGUUUUACCCUGAGCCCGAAGACCCAGUACCCGCUUUGGUGUCCAGAUGAGGCAGGGUAGUUUCCGCAUAGGGGGGAUCGAACCCGGAUGGUGGUUGCCACCACAGGCCCGUCCUUCCACUUGGACUACCUCGUCCGGACAGAACCGAGUUUGUUCAGAAGAACCAAACUUGGAACUACAUUCAAGCAACAAAAAUCCACUUUAAUUCCUAAUAUACUGGAUAAAAAAAUUUGGAUAAAAAGAGUACACAAAAGGAAUUUAAUGAAUCAAGACAACUUUUUGCGUAAUUGGUAAUAGUACUCUUUUUGUAAUGUAUGUGAGAUAUAUAACAACUAUCCGGUUCAAUAUCAUCAAAAUUCUCUGUACAUAAGACCUUCACAAAAUAAUUGAAUAGAGAAGCCAACGUUUGUACCGACUAUUAAACAUUUCAUUUAGUUUCACGGGAGGUUAAGAGCAGAUUGGACUGGUAUAGUACUAUUAACUGAACCGAACGAAAUUGAAAUUCAGAAGUUUCUGGUUUAGUUUCCAAUAUAACCGACAUCACCGAUUCAGUUAUAUCGCAUUCCCUCCAAAAAACAGAGCAACCUCAUGAUAUAAAGAACACCCGAGAAGAAAAAAACUUAGAAACAAAUCGUCUCCAAGAAAAUGCCUUUCUCUAUCUUCUCCCGCAAGAAACCCACUCGCCGGUUCAACGACUUCUACUCCGACUGGUCCAAAACCCUAACCGACAACUGCCUCCCUCUCCUCCGCCAAUCACUCUCCUCCGCCUCCGUCCUCUCAUCCAACGUCGACCUCGUCCUCCGCCACCUCGUCUUGUACUACGAAACCCUAGACCUCGCCGCCGACCCCAACACCAUCCCUUACCUCCUCUUCCCUUCGUGGCGCAACUCCCUCGAGACGCCGUUCCUCUUCCUCGGCGACAUCCAUCCUUACCUCCUCACCAACCUCCUCCGCUCCUUCAUCGACCGCGAGAAUCAAGAUUCCGACUACGAGGACGAGGACACCCUCCGCUUGAUUCCGGACCUCGUGAACCAGCCCUUGAAGAUCGCCACCGCGUGGAAAGAUCCGUCGGACGAGCUGGUGAUGAGGAUCGAUCAGAUAGAGUGUACGAUGAGGCUUAUGGUUCCUGUUCUUAUGGACCGUGUGAGGAAAGCGCAGAGAGGGUUCGUGUCUCGCGUCUCGGAGAACUGGAUCUCGGCGUAUCAGGUGGGGAAGAAGAAGAAGACGGCGGUGACGGCAGCUUCGGCGGGUGUGGAGGAUGCGGCCAAGGGAGAGAUGGAGGAGCUUGUGAGUAUCUUUGUCGACGCGAAUCGUUUGAGGAAGAGUGUGAUCAUGGACAUUGUUGGAGCUACGAGCGAGCAUCAAGCAGCUCUGUUUCUUGAAGGGUUGUGUCAGUUUCUUGCUGGGUUUAAAGAUCAGGUUCUUCUCCAAGAUUUCGAGGUCGUUGCAUUGCCCAAUUAGGAAAUUAAAAAACUUUGUUUUCUUCAUGGUGGAAUCAAGAUUUGAUUAGUUGUAGAAAGUUUUCAAAAUUUUGUAAAUUUCUGUGGAGUUUGCACCCGGUUAUGUUAGAUGUUUCAUUCUAUAGAGACAGCCAGAGCCGGUUAUCAUCCCGUUAUGUUGAGAUUUUGUAUAGAUGAUAUGGUUUUGUAAGUUUUCCUCUUUUCUGAGAAAUGGAAUGUUGCUUACUUGUU